GAUAUCCUGGAUUCUUCAGAGGGAGUUUAAACCAGCACAUAAACCCAACUUUCCCUUGCAAAGGGAAAAAAUCCAGACUGUUUUUCUGGGAUUUUCCAAGCAGUUGGUCUUUGGGUCAAGGUCCAGCUCUGCAAUGUUUAGAGCUCAUGUUUCCAAUCUCCUCAUUCCCUCCCUUUGUCCCUUUGUGACGUGGCUGCUCCCAGCAGGAAGAGGAGGGUCAGAGGAAUCCACCCAGCGCUGCCUUCCCAGCUCUUCAUCCCUCUGCAGGUAACAGGAAUUUCACUGCCCCGUUCCCUUUGGGUUUUUGGCUCAGGUGCUCACCUGGGAGGGGAGAGCAGGAGGUGGGAGCUGUAGGAUGAGACAUGGAGGUGCUGGGACAUGAAGGACACCAGGGCUGAAGGGAUUUGCAGAGGGAUUGAGCCACCUGGUUUUCCUGUUGCUGUGGUGGCCCAUGGAGCAGCAAUCCUGCAUUUCCAGUUCCCAGCCCUGAGAGCAUGGCUUGGAAGGAGAAGGGCACGAGCCCACCCUCGUGUUUCAUCCAGCACCUGGAUCACCUUGUGCUGACUGUGAAGAGCAUUGAGGACACCGUGGCCUUUUAUUCCAAAGUCCUGGGCAUGGAGGUGGUGACUUUUAAGGGCAAUCGCAAAGCUUUACGUUUUGGCCAGCAGAAGUUCAACCUGCACGAGGCUGGGCAGGAGUUUGAGCCCAAGGCUCGGCGCCCGGUGCCCGGCUCUGCAGAUUUCUGCCUGAUCACAGCAGCGCCCCUGGAGAAGCUGCUGGAGCAUCUGGAGGCCUGUGGGGUGGCCAUUGAGGAAGGUCCCGUGGCCAGAACCGGUGCCGUGGGUCCAAUAACCUCCGUCUACUUCCGAGACCCCGACGAGAACCUGGUUGAGGUUUCCAGGUACUGCACAGAUGUGGCUGCAGGCACUGAGGGGAAACCCUGAGCACAGCCCAAGCUCUGCCUGUGAGGAGUCCCAGCAGGAGAUGGACCAGGUUUACAGAGGCCAGGCUUGGCUGGACCAUUUGAAAGUCCAAGUUUUAAUUGUGUAAACCUGGGACAAAGCUCAUAUCACAGCCACAAAGUCGGGCUGAGAGGACAUUGGGAGUUUUCCCAAGGCAGCCUGCUCUGCUCUGGGUGUGAAUCCUGCUUUGAUAAUCUCCACCACAGAGACUUCGUGGCCUUCUGGAAAGAUCUGCCCUGCUGCUGCUGCACUGCAAAUUUUGGGACAUUUUCCCUAAUUCCUGCUAUCCCUUUUGCUGCAGUUGAAGUUCUCAUUCCUACACUGCCCACCUGUCACUCCUCUCCUCUUCAAAGUCACUUUUUCACAGCUGGAAAUUUCUGUCUCCCUUCCUUUCAUCCUCCUGCUUAUUGUCUCAACCUGCUCGGUGCUGGUGGCUCUCCCACCAAGCCAGAGGUUUAAAUCCAGCUGUGACUGUCCAAACACACUCCUCGCCUGGAAUUUGGGGAUUUGGCCUCAGUGUGACCCACAAACACUCCUGAAACUGAAGCUCCAAGUUUCAUCCUCAGCUCUGUAUCAAUAAUUGUGGGUUUUCUGAAACUCAGGAAUGGAAAAAGCAGGGAUGAGGAUCCAGUUCACCUGGAUUUAUGCAGGGAUUGAGGAUGGUCUGACACAGAGGAGUCUGACUCUGGUUACUUGUGGGAUUGUCCUAAAUUUUCUUCUUCCUUUAGUGAUUUAAAAAGCCUUUUCAGAGUAAUCUAAAAAGUAUAAACCACUGAAGGAUUCUCAAGCAGAGCAGUUCCAAGGCUGGCCACACUGAGGUAGCAUCGAUAUCCUCACGGGAGCGGCGCUGGAAAGGAGGGAGGACUCUCCUGACCUCUACAGUCCAAAUCCUCUAUAAAAUUGAAACAACU